UUUUCAUUUCAAGAAAUGGAAAAGGUGAGCUUGAAUAGUCAGUUCUAUUUUCUGAAAAAUGCAAUGAAAAUUCUUCUCCCAGUUUCAGUAUUUUCAUUAGUGUUUACUCAAUCUUAUUCAUUGCUUCCUUCUCUUCUUCACUCUUUUCAUGAAUACUCUUCUUAUUUUUCAAUUCAACUUUUUACCUAUAGCUCAGAGAGGAACUAUAUUUUCCUUCUAUGCAAUGGAAUUCUUGUUUUCAUAAUCAAGAAUUCAUUUGGUAACAUUUCUGAGUACCCCAAAGAAAGCCACAAGGAGAAAUUUAGAGAAUCUCAUAAUAAUCCAGUUGCUUUAGAAACAAAGGCGGAAAUAGUUCUUGAAAAAGUUGUUGAAACUGAAAAUAAAGUUGAAGAAGAGCAAAUUGAAACAAUGAGUCAGGAUAAUUUGGUUACUGUUGGAACAGUUGAUGAGAAUGAAGAUGAAGCUUAUCAAGAAAGUUAUGUUGAAAUUAUUGAAGAAUUGGAAGAUGAUGAUGAAGAAGAAGAAUCAGAGGAAACAUUAGAAGAGUUGAACAAGAAGUGUGAUGAUUUUAUUAUGAAAAUAAAGAAAGAGAUCAAAGGGAAGAAUUAAUGCUAGAAAAAUUAACCAUCAGGGGUUAGUAUCAGCUAUGACAAUAUAAUUUAGCCAUGUAUUUACCUUUCUUUUUUAACCGAUGUUCGGUAUUUGUUUUGAUGAUCUCGUCUUGUUCGGAUUCGUAUUGGGUAUGGUUGUAGGGUCCGUUAAAGGAAAGUGCUUCCUAUCUAAAUUUUGUAGGUGAAGGGUCCAUACUAGCUCAAUAUCAAGUUGACUUGAUUUGUUUCA